GAACACAACAGUAUAACUUUGGACUCCGAAGCGAGAGUUUGUUGGAUAACUCGUGUGAAAUCAAUUUUUGUGAGUGUUUUCAAGAGCUAUCGUAAAUAAGGUGAAUUUAUUUAGGAAUAAUUAUCGGAUUAAGAUUAAAAAAAAAAAAAAAAAAACAAAUCAGAGGAUGCCUACAUGUCGUUUGCCAACACAUUGAAAAAGAUCUUUGAUCAAGAACGUGUAUCUUGUUACACGUGUAAGACUAUGUGAAGAAACAGUUUAAUAAUAAUCAUAAUAGUAUUUCCUUUGGAUCGAACGCACAUAGCCUUUCAUUAGAAAUGGCUAUCUUAUCGGAAAGAAUGAUAUCUUUAUUGAUGGUGAUGAGUGUGAUUUUUACAAAUACGUUGGCUGCACUCGAAGGACCGAACGUUUGUACGCGCCAAGAUACAUAUAAAGUCACUGUAAAAGUAUCAGAGCAGAAACCUUACACCGUACGAGAGAAUACGUGGUGUCUAAGCUUUCCACCUAGAUGCUCUAAAUACAAAGUCGUUUUCAAGACCGUCUACAAGGAACAGGAAAUAACUAAGCAAAAACCGGUUGAGGAAUGUUGCAAGGGUUAUACCGAAACAACAAGCGGUGAUCGUUGCAUUCCCGUUUGUUCGGAAGAUUGUCUACAUGGAACUUGUGUUGCCCCGGACGUCUGCAAAUGCGAAUCCGGUUUUGGUGGACCUCUCUGUGACUUUAAAUGUCCAUUGGGAAAAUGGGGUAUAAAUUGUCAACAUGAUUGCAUGUGUCAAAACAAUGCCACCUGUGAUCCUUUCGAUGGCAAAUGUAUGUGUACGAGAGGUUGGAAAGGCGAACACUGUGAUCAAACAUGUUCAUCGGAUAAAUUUGGUCAGGAUUGCGGAGAGGAAUGUCGAUGUAGAAAUGGUGGAAGUUGCCAUCACAUAACCGGAGAGUGUCAUUGCGCUCCUGGUUAUACAGGUCCUUUGUGCGACGAUCUUUGUCCUGCAGGUAAACAUGGGACUGAAUGUAAGUCAGAAUGCACGUGUCAAAAUGGCGGAUUGUGCAGUCCGACGACUGGGGAGUGCUAUUGUACAGCUGGUUGGAUGGGUUCCGUGUGUGCUCAUCGUUGUCCAGAAGGUUUUUGGGGCCGAAAUUGUUCGAUGAUUUGCGAUUGUUACAAUGGUGGUGAUUGUCAUCACGUUACCGGAAAAUGCCAAUGCAAACCUGGCUUUUACGAUGAGAAAUGCUUAAAGAUUUGCCCGAAAGAUAGAUAUGGUUUAAAUUGCACGGAAGAGUGCGAUUGUAAGAACGGUGCCACUUGUUUAGCGACCAACGGUACUUGUAUUUGUAGUCCAGGUUGGGAAGGAGAGAAAUGCGAUCAAAGAAUUUGCGAAGAUGGUGUCUGGGGAGAGAAUUGUACCAAGGUUUGUCAAUGUGAUAAAAAUAACACGGAAUUUUGUCAUCCAUGGACUGGUAAUUGUAUCUGCAAACCCGGCUGGGACGGUGAAACUUGUAGUAGAACUUGCCCGUUAUAUACUUACGGGAAAGGUUGUCGGGAACAUUGCAAUUGCAAGAACAACGCUCAGUGUUCUCCAAUAAAUGGAACUUGCAUCUGUGCAGCUGGUUACAGGGGUGAAGACUGCAGCGAACUUUGUCCCGAAAAUACAUUUGGAGAGGAUUGCGUUCAGAAAUGUGUUUGCAAAAAUGGUGCCAAGUGUUCGCCCGAGGAUGGCCGUUGCAAUUGCACUGCAGGAUGGGGUGGCGUUUUCUGCGAUCGUCCCUGCAACGACAAGUCUUUCGGCCAGGGUUGUGCGAACGAGUGCAACUGUUUUAACAAUGCAUCCUGCAAUCCUCAAAAUGGCACAUGCACAUGUGCGGCUGGCUUUGUUGGUGAGCUCUGCAAAAAUCGUUGCCAGAAAGGAUUCUUUGGACAUGGCUGUACUCAGGAAUGCGAUUGUCAUCCUGAAAACAGUAUCGACUGUGAUCCAGCAACUGGCCGUUGCAUCUGCAAACUUGAUUGGCGAGGAAUCCGAUGCGAAACUAAGUGCCCAGAGGGUUUUUACGGCGAGGAUUGUCACUCAAAGUGCAACUGCAUGAACAAUAGUUCCUGUGAUCCAGAUACAGGGGCUUGCAUCUGUGCCAGAGGCUGGGAAGGAUCGGAUUGUUCUCAGCCUUGCAAACAAGGCUGGUAUGGUGUACGCUGUAAAGAAAAGUGUCCAGAAAAUAAAUAUGAAAGACUUGUCGUACAAAGUUUUAGUAAUAUGACGUGUGAUCAUGUAUUUGGCGGAUACGUAUGUCGUUCUGGCUACAUGGGACUCACUUGUGAACAUCCUUGUCCACCUACCAGAUAUGGAUUAAACUGUGCUAAUCACUGUCGUUGCAAGAACGGCGGAGAGUGUCAUCACGUUACUGGAGAAUGUCAAUGUAUGCCAGGAUGGCAAGGUGAAUUCUGUCAAACUUCUUGCCAGCAGGGCACUUAUGGUGUCAAUUGCACUCAGCAUUGUAAAUGUCAACAUGGUAGAUGUAGAUCCAACGAUGGUCAUUGUCGUUGUUCUCGUGGUUGGACUGGUAUCAGGUGUACAGAAAUUUGUCCCGAGGGUUAUUACGGUGAUCAAUGUAUGGAACCUUGCGAGUGUAAGAAUGAUUUCUUCACGUGCCAUCCUGCCGAUGGGUGUAUCUGCCGAUAUGGCUUUACAGGUGAAAAUUGCGACGAACAACUAUUCUCAAAAAAUGUUCAACAAAAGGAAGAAGCUGGUUAUGGUAGCGUGAUAGCAGGUAUAUUCGCGGCGAUCAUAGUAAUUGCUGUUACUGUCACAGCUUGGUUCUAUCAUCGUCGUAGGGUGGCAGAUUUGAAAAAUGAAAUUGCCCAAGUUCAUUAUAUAGCUGAUCCUAUACCUGAUCGAAACCAAUUCGAUAAUCCUGUGUACGCCUAUCAAGGUUCUUCGAGGUACGACGAUGGUACUACUACGUUAUUGAAUAAUCGCCAAAUCAAGAACGAUCUUGGUAUGAAUAAGAAUGUUAACAAUGAGAAAGCUAAAUUUGGUUUCGGUAGUACUCUUGAAGAAGAAGAAGAUUGUAAAGGAGGUGCUUAUGGAUUGCAAUACGAUUUGAAGAACAGAGAUGCCGAUUUGGGUAAUCCAAAUUUAAAUAUUUACCAUUGUAUCGAUGAGUUAGAUGGGAAGAAGAUCGAACACGUCUACGACGAAAUUAAACAAAAUGAAUCGGAAUACGAUCAUCCAGAUCAUCCAAGGCCGUUAAGUACUACUUGGAAAAGUCAAUAUCAUCGAAUGCCCAAUGGUACCGGACCAAAAACGCAAGAUGAUACUGCUGGACCAAGUCAACCAACGGAUAAGGAUCCUGAAUUGGGGGAAAGUUAAAAAGUGUCUUAUAACAUCGUCAAACGCGAUGAAUUUUUUCUUGUGUUCGAGCCAAAGUGUAAAAAAUAAACUCUGGUGACAUAAUGCAUUAUUAUCGACACAGGACAUUGACUAUGAUGAGUCGGGAGAUAGUCCAAAUCGGCAAGGCCUUAUGGCGUUUGUGUAAUUCUAAAUGCAAGACGCGUAAUGGAAUCGGAUCAUCCAUGCGAAACUUGCAUUUCUCAUUUUUGCUGCAAUAUUUGCGUUUUUAUCUUUUGUCUUCUUUUCUUCCCCAUUUUUUUUACAUUGAA